CUCCCAGAGCCAGAGUAGUUCAAGCGGUAAAGGCCGCGGGGCGUCGCCGGAAGUGCCGUAACACCGGAUAUCCGGUUCCCUGGUGCUAGGGGAGCUGACCUAGAGGGCCGCCGCCCAACAGUAGACGCUGUCUGAGCUAGGCGAGUCGAACGAAGUUCCUGCGGUGUGUGAGUGAGCCCGGGCCUGGUCCCCUCUCCCGCCGCCGCCAUGGGCUGCACGUUGAGCGCCGAGGACAAGGCGGCGGUGGAGCGGAGCAAGAUGAUCGACCGCAACUUGCGGGUGGACGGGGAGAAAGCAGCCAAGGAAGUGAAGCUGCUGCUGCUGGGUGCUGGAGAAUCUGGUAAAAGUACCAUCGUGAAACAGAUGAAAAUCAUUCACGAGGAUGGCUAUUCAGAGGAAGAAUGUAAACAAUAUAAAGUAGUUGUCUACAGCAAUACUAUACAGUCCAUCAUUGCAAUCAUAAGAGCUAUGGGCCGGCUAAAGAUUGACUUUGGGGAAGCUGCCAGAGCAGACGAUGCCCGGCAAUUAUUUGUUUUAGCUGGCAGUGCUGAAGAAGGAGUCAUGACUCCAGAACUAGCAGGAGUGAUUAAACGGUUGUGGCGAGAUGGUGGGGUGCAAGCUUGCUUCAGCAGAUCCAGGGAAUAUCAACUCAAUGAUUCUGCCUCAUAUUACCUAAAUGAUUUGGAUAGAAUAUCCCAAACCAACUACAUUCCAACUCAGCAAGAUGUGCUUCGGACAAGAGUGAAGACGACAGGAAUUGUGGAAACACAUUUUACCUUCAAAGAGCUAUACUUCAAGAUGUUUGAUGUAGGUGGCCAAAGAUCAGAACGAAAAAAGUGGAUUCACUGUUUUGAGGGAGUGACAGCAAUUAUCUUCUGUGUGGCCCUCAGUGAUUAUGACCUUGUUCUGGCUGAGGAUGAGGAAAUGAACCGUAUGCAUGAAAGCAUGAAACUGUUUGACAGCAUUUGUAAUAACAAAUGGUUUACAGACACUUCAAUCAUUCUUUUCCUUAACAAGAAAGACCUUUUUGAGGAAAAAAUAAAGAGGAGUCCUCUCACUAUCUGUUAUCCAGAAUACACAGGUUCCAAUACAUAUGAAGAAGCAGCUGCUUAUAUCCAGUGCCAGUUUGAAGAUCUGAACAGAAGAAAAGAUACCAAGGAGAUCUACACUCACUUCACUUGUGCCACAGACACCAAGAACGUGCAGUUUGUUUUUGAUGCUGUUACAGAUGUCAUCAUUAAAAACAACUUAAAGGAAUGUGGACUUUAUUGAAGAGUGUGGAUGUGAAUGAAAGUUACUGCAGUGUGGAGUGUUGAAACCAGACAUCUUUUGCUGUCUUAAUGGGGCAGCUGAAAGAAUGAACGGGACCAGGGAAUGGCAGCAACAUGCAGAAUCUUAGCAGUCUUUAGCACAAUCCUCUGUAUUAGGCAACUUUUAAUUGACACAAGAUGCUAAAGUCAGACAUUGGAAUUGGAACAUCUAUAAAGUGUGAUUUGAUCUCAAGACAUCACUUGGAUUUCAUAAUCUCAAAUGCUUAGGGCAGAUAUGAAGUUGAGAUGCUGCAUUCCAGAACUUUAAUAUGUAGCUUACUUUUCCCCCCUUUCUUAACAAACCAGCAGUGGUCAUUUAAAAUUUUUUUUCGUCAAGAGAAUAACUUUACUAAAUAUCAUUUCUUUGCAAAACAAUCUUUAUUAAAAUACAUUCUUAACUAUGCAUAUGAUGUGACCAGAUCAUCUUGAAAAUAGUCCUCUUAGUAGGAACUCUUUGUUUUUAACUCUUGGUUGGUCAGAAUAUGUUGCCGUAAUUACUUAUGAUUCUUAAAAUCCAGUUGUUGGGAUUACACUUAAAAAUACAACUUUUGGAUGAAAUUUAUGUUACUGUCCUGCUCAAAGUACCAUUAAGUUUUCUAAAAGGUAAUUACAUUGGUGAGUUCUGCAAUAAGAUCUUAGCUCUCUCUCUUUUUUUAAGCUUGUUGUUGAAGGUUAACCUCAUUUAUGCUGAUUACCAAAUUACUAGAUACAUGCUGAUGUGAUCAAGUCAGCUUCUUGGAUACAGACACAUCCAGGGCAGCUGCCAAUCAGAAAUACGGAUUGCUAAAUUCCAAACAGAACCAGUGCCUUUGCUGCUACAUAUCUACUAACUGAUUCUUUUUUUGUCUCAGACAGUAGGGAAUUUGUACAAGGUCCACCUUGUUCUCCAUCUUCAUGGCCUUUUCCAUUGGGAAACAUCUAAAGUGUAUUAACAGUGCAUGCUUUUACUUUGUAAAUGUGGUGCCAAAUCCCUGUUUGCCAUUGUUUUUGCUAUAGCAAUGUUAACUGUAAUCUUUAGUCAGUAUGUUCUUUUGCUGAAACUGUUGGAUCUUGGGACUUUUUUCCACUUUGUCACAUGUACAGAUUUUAAUCUGUUAUGGUUGGUAGCAGUAUUAAAAUGGUGAGUAAA